AUGGGUGAAGAAGACAACAAUUUUAAAGCUUAUUUCGACGAAACGGACAGAAAUGGCAAACGCAGGGUUGGACCACCAUCUAGUGAGGAUUGGAGGAAUGCAAAAGCAUUUUGUUUGUUUUUGAAGAAGUUUUAUGAAGCUACUGUGAAGCUUAGCACUUGGAAGAAGAUCACUGAAAAUAUAUUAUUUGUUGAAAUGGUUACAUUGCAAACUGAGAUUGACAAGGCUAUCAUUGCAGAAGACCCUAUUUUGAAGAGGGAUGCCACUUCAAUGAAGACCAAGUUCAACAAAUAUUGGGGAAGCUUCGAAUCGGUGAACAAGAUAAUCAUGAUAGCUAAUGUUCUUGACCCAAGAUACAAGUUGCAGUGGGCUAAAGUAGCAAUGCAAAAAGUCAAUGCAAGCUACGAGACAAUUCAUUCAAUACAAGGGGACUUAAAGAAAAUUUUGUUGAAGAUGUAUGAUGAAUAUAAAGCCAAUGAAGGCAGCAACCAAGCUGAACCGUACAUGGGAGAAGAUUUAAGAUUCGAAGGGGAUGACUUGGAGAAUCUUGAUGAAGUCAGCAAGCAAAUAGCAAGGGAGAGGAUGGCAGAGCAGUCACAAUGCAUACGAAAUGAGGUUGAUCAGUAUUUAUCAGAUAGGUAUGUUAGCCUCCUUGCAAAGAAUUUUGAAAUUCAUAAGUGGUGGAAGGCCAAUGAGUUAACCUAUCCAAUCCUAUCAAAGUUAGCAAAGGAUGUUUUUGCUGUUCCUUGCUCAACGGUGCCUUCGGAGAAUGCAUUUAGUUUGGGAUCAAGAGUGGUGGAUCCUUUUAGAGCUUCAUUGACACCAAAAAUGGUGGAAGCCCUUGUUUGCAGUUCGGAUUGGUUAAAAUCUGACCCCCCAAACUUCUACAAAGAUCCCACUGAAGAUGACCUUGAAAUGUAUCACACUUUGGAGGAACUUGAGAGGGAAAAUGUUUUUAAUCAAUGUUAA